CCUAAAUCACCAAACUUCUUCAUAUGGAACCCAUUGCGCGUGACAAGCAGCUUCCCCUCAGAGAAGAUGUGUGCGAGAAAAAGCCAAGGAGUUCGGUUCUUCAGCCCAAUUACUGUAAAGAAGAUGAUGGAAGGCAUCGCGCAUGACAAGCUUUCUGAAGAUAUGCGCAUGACAAGCUCUCCUUCAGCGAUUCAAGUUAUUGAUGGAAAUGAGUGUAUAAUUCCGUUUUUAUUUUAGUUUAAUGCCUCUUCUGUGUUUUGAAUUCAUUCGAUUAUGAAUUCAAUUGAAAUUCUCUUGGGGGUCAGUCUUCUGAUCUGUGGUGAAUUCAAUAAUAUAUAUAAAAAAAGUAUGUUUGGUCAAAUUCCCUUGCAUUCAUAUCCGACAAUAAUACCCAUAAACAGCUACUGUGGAACUUAGUGAACAACACUUGGCCAUUUAAGGCGCAUUGAUGGGACAGGUUCGAAAAUACUGCCGUUAUCCCGGGCUCCAGUUCGGUGCCUGCCCUCCUGAAGAUCGAUGUUUGAUUUGUUCCUUGGAUGAACACACUUCAUCGGAUUGUCCGUACGCGGUUGAAGUCCCCAGCAAGAAUGCAAUUGUUGGCAUUGGUGCUGAUAUAGUUUGUAAAGUUUGUGAUGGUUUGUUUUCCAGGGGGCGCGCCAGGCUCAAAUUUUGUACUUACUGUCUGAUCUUUGGUGAACACUGCAUAAAACAGUGCCCGCGCUACGCUCUCGAUCCUAGACUGAAGUGUGAGCAAAGAGAAGAGAGGCUGUGUUUCCCUCCGGUGCCACCUCCUCAAUCCUCAAUCCUCGGCUGAUGUUUGAGCAGAAGGAGGUUAUGUUUUCCUCGACUGAUGUUUGAGCAGAAAGUGGUUGUGUUUUACUCUGCUGCCACCUUCUUGAUGCUGCCAUCUUCUCGAUCCUCAGACUGAUGCAGUGCUGUUUGAGCAGAAAAAGUUUGUGUUUGUUAAGGGAAGAAUCAUAAACUGGAAUGAAAAGGAUACAACUAAACAAGAGCAAUACUUCAACACGAACUUCAAAAUCCAAAGGAAGAUGGAAUCUUCACCAUAGACGAGAUGCCUCUAAGAAUUUUACAUGUUGUAGUAGUUUAAUUAUUAUUAGAAUUGAUC